AUGGAAUCCUUACUCACCGACUUUGACAACAUCAUCGCUAGCGUUCCUUCGCAUGAAGGCGUUGAAGCUUUGACUGUUCCGACAUCGGAGGAAGAAAGCAUCCUCUAUAUGCUCGGUUUCCGAUACCUGGGUUGCAUGUUUCCGCCCCAAACCGCUUUUCGAAUCACUCAACAUUUGCGUAACAACGACUACCAGGAUGAGCUGGUCAACUCCGAUUAUGGACCGGUGGUGGAGCAACAUUGCUUUGUCCCCUACAUAGGUCAGAGGAGGGAGGAGCAAGCUACCUCUCAGCUCGAGGACCCAGUAUACUUCAACGGACGUAUCGGCGUGCGCCUCGCCGAUGAGUUCAAGGGAGAUUUGGACUCUGUUCCGAAUGUGGACGAACCGUCUGCGCUUCACGGCAGAUCGACGGUGAAGUUAAUGAUUGACAUUGCAUUCGCAAAGGAGGCGAGCAAGGAAAAGCCCUGUCAGCUUCAACUUCGAAAUGGGCAAGGUAAUCCGGUGACAUUGAGAAAGUUGAUUGAGUUCAUCAAGAGGCGGAUCGGGAAAUAUCUCGAGUCCGACUCCGUGUCUAUACCGCUUACCAGUAACGACUUGAUUCGGCGCACAUUACGCUUGUAA